CAAAGGUUCCAGGUGCGUCACACGUCUCGACGCCGAGAUACCAGGUACCGGGACAAUGGAGAUACACCUAAGUGAGGACGCGCCGGCGCUGCGCGGGCCUCCUCUGGAGGGGGCCUCAGCCAGCAGCACCUUGGACAGAGUCUGACCGUGGGCUCAGGUCUGGGUAGCCAGGCUGUGUAGGUGAGGGGGUGCCCAGAGGUGCGGCAGCCUGGAGGCCACUGAGAGAGCCGGGGUGUGAAACGCUGGUAGACGCAGGGCGCCAGGCCACUCCGGUGGAGGACCCAGAACCUCGCGUCUCCGGCCGACAGACACUCCAUGCAAAGAAGGCUGGGACCGUCUCUGUUAGAAAGAGAAGGCCUGGGCGGUCUCGGGGAGGAGCAUCUUCGCCCGCAGCGCCCAUUGGUCCGUGCAAAGUGAACGUCAGGAAUCCAGCGCGCGAAACGCGGGCAGGGUGGCGGGGAUGAGGAGCCGGGGUGGAGCCUGGCGUCCCCUCCGGCGUCCGGCCGCGCCCGUCCUCGGGGCUGCGGCCAGACGCCCGCCCGGCUGCCGCUGAGGCCAGCGGGAGCCUUCCCUGGCCGCCCCGCCGCGGUGGAAGCGGACGCACGGAGCCCGGGUAGCUGGGCGGCUCGCUUCCUCUCGGCUGCGGGGGCGUCCAGCCCGCGCGUGCGCAGCGCGAGGCGAGCGGCCCGGGACCCCUGCCGAGCCAGCGCAGGGCGGCCGGGCAGCCCGGAGGCGAGCCGGGAUGAGGUUCCCAGCGCUGCAGCGCCGCUGAGGAGGAGGCGCGGGCCCCGAGGGUCUCCGGCCGGCCGCCGCGCGUGAGGCCAUGGCGUUCCUGACCGGGCCGCGCCUUCUGGAUUGGGCUAGCUCGCCGCCGCACCUGCAGUUCAAUAAGUUCGUGCUGACCGGCUACCGGCCGGCCAGCAGCGGCUCGGGCUGCCUGCGCAGUCUCUUCUACCUGCACAACGAGCUGGGCAACAUCUACACCCACGGGCUAGCCCUGUUGGGCUUCCUGGUGCUGGUGCCAAUGACCAUGCCCUGGAGUCAGCUGGGCAAGGACGGCUGGCUGGGAGGCACGCAUUGUGCGGCCUGCCUGGUCCCCCCUGCAGCCUCUGUGCUCUAUCACCUCUUCAUGUGCCACCGAGGAGGCCGUGCUGUGUACACCCGGCUCCUUGCUCUGGACAUGUGUGGAGUCUGCCUUGUCAACACCCUUGGGGCCCUGCCCAUCAUCCACUGUACUCUGGCUUGCAGACCCUGGCUUCGUCCAGCUGCCCUGAUGGGUUACACUGCACUUUCAGGUGUAGCCGGCUGGAGAGCCCUCACUGCCCCUUCCACCAGUGCCCGGCUUCGAGCCUUUGGUUGGCAAGCUGGGGCCCGCCUGCUGGUGUUUGGGGCCCGUGGAGUGGGGCUGGGCUCAGGGGCUCCGGGCUCCCUGCCCUGCUACCUGCGCAUGGAUGCCUUGGCACUGCUUGGAGGGCUGGUGAAUGUGGCACGUCUGCCAGAGCGGUGGCGGCCUGGUCGCUUUGACUACUGGGGCAACUCGCACCAGAUCAUGCAUCUGCUCAGCGUGGGUUCCAUUCUCCAGCUUCACGCUGGUGUCGUACCCGACCUGCUCUGGGCUGCCCACCAUGCCUGCCCCCCAGACUGAGCUGCCUCCUAGCUGCCAAGCCAGCCUGCCCACAGCUUCCUGAGACAAGUAACACCACCUUUCCUCCUUCUGCUGGUCUGCAAGGGGCUGGUUCCCUGGAAGAACCAGCACGCGGAACUUCCUAGCUGGGAGACCACUCUUCAUUCUUCCCUGUGGAUUAACAUCUUCUUGACCCAGGCCUUCAAAUUGGAGCUACCCACCUCCAUGCCAUCUUCCCUUCAGGGUACUGUUUCACUGUCAGCUAGAAGGAAAACAUUCUUUCUUUGAGCCUCAGUUCAUGUCUGACAGUUGAGCCCAGAACCAGUACCCCUAUCUUGCUGCUCCCACAAGACACCUCCUGGAUUCUUGAACUAGCCUCGCUGCCCCUGCUUCCUGACCUCCAUCUUCCUGCCCUGCAUGCCAGACCUCUCAGCAGCCAGAACUUAACCAUUCCUGUCAUUCCUGCAAUCAGGAUGCAGGGCAGUGGGACCAGGACCUUCUAUCAGGACCAUGUGGGCAUUGGUCCUGUUGUAUUAUCUGGCUGAGAGACAUGAGGGGGGCUGCUGCUUUUCCUAGGCAACAGGCACAGAUGUGGAAUGGAGGCUUUGGACUCAGGCUUCACUGGACCAAGGACUCACUCCUUCAGUGCCAUGGUCUGACUGACUGACCUCCCCACCAGAGACAUGUCUGCUCAGGAAAACUCUAUACAAUGGAUGGCCCAGGGGCACUCUAUAGCAGGGUGCCACCUCACAGCCAGCUUAUCCCAGAGGCCUAGGACCCUGGGCAACAUCAAUAAAGGGACAAGAAGCGCUGUGUUGCCACAUGAGCAA